GUGUAGGGUUUUACAAAUGCAACAUUUACUGGCGAAACCAACGAGUUUUUUUACUCUUCUUUGUUUUGUUCUAAUUAAUUUUAGUAAAAUUAACAAUAUGAUGACCGGAGGGCUCGGCGAAGAAAAACCGGCUAAUGGAGAAAUACAAGAAAUCGUCGAUAACUUGAAGGAUGAUGUAAAGGCAAUAUGUAACCAGGAGUUUGAACGUUUCAUUGCAGUCAGUUACAAAAGUCAGGUGGUAGCUGGAGUGAAUUACUUCAUAAAGGUUGAUGUAGGAGAUGAGCAUUACAUCCACAUCAGAGUAUACAAACCGUUGCCUCACACAGGACAGGAAGAGGAACUUGCUGCCUGUCAGGAUGGCAAAAGCAAAGAUGAUGACAUCACAUACUUCUAAUGAAAUGGUGUCAUUUAUCAUUUAAAGCAGAUAUAACACUCUCUAUGAAACUUAUGAUUUACAUAUAUGUUAAAAGCUUUUGAUUUAUGUUUAGAACUUAUAGUUUAUUUAAUUCAGUUUUGCAAUAAUGAUUCCUUCUCUUUACAUUAUUCAAACUGUAAUUUUUAUAUAUUUUUUUUAAAGAUUUCUUGCAGAUUGUGUUCAAAUAAUAUAUGAUUUAAUUUACUUUGCAUGAAUGUUAUCUGAUUUAAACUUAGAGUGAAGAAAUAUGUUUAAAGUCAAAGUGACAGCUGAUAGCUUGCUGCCAUGGCUAUCAGCUGUUCAGUACUAACUUUACACUAUCAAAUGGUUGCGUUUGUUCUUCAGAUCUGUUUAACUGUCUAGAUAAUGUAUGGUGAUUUGUAAUACCAUUAAAGUCCACACUGGAAGGAAAUUCUUAUUCCAAAACUAGUUAUAUUUAAUAUGCAUUGCCAAAUUUCAAAUAUGAAUAACUUAGUUUUGAAUAUAAGUCAUUAGUUAUAGUAUACAUCACAACAUAGUCAGAUAGUACAAUGUGUGGUAUGUCAUGUCAUUGGACCCAAUAUGCAUGUACAUGUAGAUUGAAACAUUAUUUGAAAAUUCUGAGAUUUCCUUCCAAAAAUAGUAAAUGACCAUUGUUUGAAAAGGUUGUUUACAUCUUCUUGUUUUGUCUUUCUCAGAUUUAAGCAACUUUUCAAACAAGUGCCUUUUUAUGCUUGAUAUUUAUGUAUAUUUCUAUCCAUUUAGCAGAACAAAAGAUUCUGUAAUUAAAUAACAGCUUAGCUCCAUAUUUGUCUUCGGUGGUUUGUUUAUUUUAUCUUAAUUGGUUUUAUACCAAUGACUGAGGCAUUUCAGUCUUUCAACGAACGAGGGUGGGUUUGUACAAUGGGAGACAACUCCAGAGUUUUUUUUUUAUUAAGUUUUAUCUUCAGGGUCCAUUGCUUUUGUUGUAUAAAGUAUCUGAUUCAUCACGUUUAUUGAUAGGUAAACAGAUUUAGGUAAGACUUUCGCUGUUGAUAAAUGAAACUUUUUGUUUAAUAUAAUCAUUUGUUUUCACAAUUUUGAAAUUGAUGAAUUUAGUACAGGUAGGCGUUCUUUAUGGAAUCGUUCUCCAGAUGGUUGUUCUCAGUUAGGUCCCAGUUUUCGAUUAUACAGGUUUACUGUUCUGAUACAUCAUAUGUUGAUCAUUUGUUCUGUACUCUUCUUUAUCACUGUAUGAUAUUUCAGUUGUAGAUAUUAGUAAGUAAAUGUCAAGGAAUUCAAAUCACUUUAUACAAGGAUGUGCAUGCAAGGAUUUUCAAACUGUACAUGUUGUUAGAAGUAUAGAUACAUGUGUACUUGAGUUAUGGUUGGACUUGAUUGAUGCAUGCACCAUAAAUGGUGGGUAUUUUGACCAUACAAAUAUUAUCAUGUCUUUGAUAUAUAUAUAUAUAUAUACAUAUGCUUUAGUUAUGUAUGUAUCUAGAAGGUUGAAGAUUAGGGUAUACUGUGUUUAAAAAAUUAAUUUAACAGUAGUUCUGUUACUUUGGAGCUGAAAAUAAAAUUGUUUC